UUGGAAACAGGUACGGGCACAAGUUCGAAUAACUGACAGGAUCUAGCAACAAGGAUUGCGAUUUUGGAAGCAAACUGUAUCACAACUGGAUGCUACCUUACAUGGCGGUGUCACCGGUGACAGCGGUUCUUCUCCAACCAAGGUCGAACCAGGCAGAUGCUGGCCGCGGAAGACCAAUAGUAUCAGUACACGCUUCGGGCUGUUUUAUUCGUUUCUUUCAGACCUGCGUAACUUCCGACUGGAGGCAUCAUAGGUACUUUAGGGGGUGGUCCGGCAUCACCGACAAACUUAACCUCAAAUAUUUAAGAGACGUCUUACCGGAGGAUGAGUUCUUUCAACCCGUGCGAGCCUGGGGUCCCAGACUAUUAUGCAGAUCUAGGGAUACCACAGCAGGCUAGCCUUCAAGAUAUCAAGGCGGCUUUUCGAAAGCUAGCGAUAAAGUACCACCCGGAUAAACAGGCUCCUGGCCAGUCUAUCGAUGCUUAUGAAUUUCGCAAGGUCCGAGAGGCUUACGAAUACUUGACGGAUAAGGAUAGGCGGCAGACAUACGAUGUUGAUUACCCCGAACUACGGGAUAAGUGGGCUAGCUACAAGGCGUGGAGAGAAAAUGUGCUUCGGUUUGAAGAGGCGAGGCGAGCCGAACAAGAACGGCGAGCCGCUAGAGCAGAAGCAGAAGAAGAGAAAAAGGCGGCGGAAUCCGAGAGAGCGCGUAGAAUGGAAGAAGCAAUAAGAGCUGCUGUAGAAAGAGAAAAAAAUGAAAAGAUUAGAAAGGAGAAAGCACGGCAGGCUGAAGAGCGCUCUCGGGAGGCUGCGCGGAGAGCCCGUGAGCAACAAGAACAGGCCGCAAAAGAUAGGCUCCGCAGGCAAAAGGAAAAGGAAGCAGAGAAGAGAUCGGAAGAGGCGGCAAGAAAAGCUAGGGCCGAACGGGAACAAGCAGCACAGGAACGGUUGAAAGCCAUCUUAAUCGAAGAGAAGCAAGAAGCUUCUCGUCGGAGCUGGGCUAAGAUGCGUGAAGCGGCAGAUCAAAGAGAAGCGACAAAGCGACAACAAGCCUGGCCCAAGCAGUCUAGACCUACCCAACGCGAAGAGGCUCGUCCCCGAUAUGCCUGGAGAGAUCGAAUGGCUGCGAAAGAGCAGCAAGAGGGGGCUUCACGAACUGCAUCUAUGCGGGUGCAGCCGGAAAAGGCUACGCGACCUACGCCUCCGAUAUCUCAUACGAAUUUGAAUCCUCGGCCCAGCUGGAGAGACGGGGCUACCGCAAAAGGACAAGAGGAGGGCCCUCCGCGGGCUGUACCUUUGCGGCAUUCUGGGAGUACCGCACCCAGAUUUACUUGGCGUACUUGGCGAGAGAGAGAAACGGCUAAAAACUCCAAUUCUUCAGGAGCUGUAUAAACUACAGAUCUUCUCGCAGGAUAAGAUAUGGUUAUCUCGAACCUCUAGAGCAUGAGGUGUGCCUUAAUUCGAAGUGUUGGAUUCGUGCCGAUGUCUAGCGGGAGAUACGUUUAAUAGGGGUUCACCGUUUGGAUGACGACUUGGGUAAU